AUGUACAUGAGGGAGAGAUCUUGGCUUGAAGAUGAGAGGUUCGUUUCUGGAGGAGGAAGGAGGAGAAGGACUCCCUCUUUCUCUUCUUCUCUUCUUGAUUCUAUUUACCGUUCGAUUGAUGAAUCCAACGGUGGAGGUGGGGAUGAUUCGAAUAAGAAACAGAGCAAACAGAGCUGCUCUGUUUCAAAGCGUGAAGAGAUUAAAGGAGGAGGCAGCGGGAAGACCAAGACCAAUCUUCGCCGAGCCAUGAUGAUCGAGAAUUGGGUUGAGAGGCAAAGCGUGCAUAGCUCUAUGUUCACGAACUCGGCUUCGAGUUCUUCAGAGUCGAGCUCCGGAGCUGCAUUUUCGUCUUCGGAUCAAACAGAGUCGAGCUAUAAACGACGUUCGAAACAGAGUCCGGUGAAGGCUAUCUCUGUUGGCUCCGAUAAUAUGGAGAAGACGAAAAGCGAGGGCGGAAGCGGAAGCGGAGGUGGGUUUACGAAGACGAAGCUGAGAGCUUUGAAAAUCUACGGCGAGUUGAAGAAAGCCAAGCAACCCAUUUCGCCGGGAGGGAAGAUUGCGAGCUUCAUAAACUCGAUUUUCAAUUCCGGGAACGUCAAGAAAGCCAAGAUGUGUUAUGUUGGAGCUGUGGAAGACGUGAGCACUUCAGAGCAUGUAACCAAGUCCACUUACUCUUCUUCUACUACUCCGGCUUCAACUUUCUCAAGGUCAUGUUUGAGCAAACCAUCUUCAAGGUCCAAGAAAUCCAGCAAUGGCAACAAAAGGUCUGUUAGAUUUUACCCUAUAAGUGUGAUUCUUGGUGAAGAUGAUUCUCAGAUUUCAAGCCAUAAAUGUGUUUAUGAACAAGAUCCUAGCUUGAUGCCAAAGCCCACAUUUCAAAAAUAUGCAAGAACUUCUGGUCAAAAUUUCCGGAGAAGCUUCUGUGAAGAUGGUGAUGAUGAUGAAAGUGAUGCCGAGAGUUAUUCAAGUUCAGAUCUUUUCGAGCUUAAUCUACCUGUUGGGAUUGGUAGAUAUACAGAAGAGCUUCCAGUUUAUGAAACCACUAACUUCAGAACCAAUCAAGCCAUUGCCAAAGGCUUGAUACUGUAA